CCUGUCUAUUUUUUUUGCGAGCGAACUCCACAUCGUGUAGAGGAAAGGUUAAGUUUCGGAUGAUGAAGUAGACAGAGAGCCCAGACACGUGGCAGAAAAUAAGAUGAUAGUAGAUAACAACAGUGUUUGAAUACUUCUGCAGUCGCAACAAAGUUGUAGAAGACGUGAUCCUGAACCAUAUAUUGAACUCCUUCUCUCUCUCUCAUUGGUUGAUAUUAACAGUGCCACAAACACGAUGAGCAUAAAACCGAAUACAGUCUUUCUACCGUUGACCCAGAGUCUUCUGUGGAAAAAUGCGCAAGAAAGCCCUGUGUACUUGAAUACAAAGACGCGAGAAACUCAGUACCAUCUGAUUUCCGACAGUCGUUUCGAAGAAUAUGCUGCUGCCGAUCAUAGAGAUAAGAGGACGGGAACUGGUGCCGAGCAGAGAGUCUCAAAAAGCACGAUGUCGCAGCCGCAUAGUGCAGCAUCGUCGUGCUCCGGAACUUCGUCGUCCUUAAGAACACAAGGCAUCCUCAUAACGAAUUACCUCCGUCAAGAGCAUCUUGUUGGAGGGAGGGAAAGCAACAAGUGCACUGAUGUUGAGCCUGCACAAUAUAAACCACUUGUCUCUUCAUCCGGCAUGGGACGUAAGAAUUUGGAAAACCACCAUGAAGCAACUCGUACGAUGUUGACGGGUCCUAGAAGUUACGUCACAGCUACAGCGUCUUCGUCAUCGCAGCCGUUGCCGAAGAGGCAAAUGCCAUUAUUGAUGGAAGAACGGGAUUUCGAUUUGCGGCAUUCAUCUGCUCGCAUGAGUGGUAGUUGCUUCAACAAGAAGAAGAAUGUACAGUCGACCACCAGAGGAGCGGAAGAUCUACAUGGUCCUGAGGAUGCCGCUUACCAGCAAGCAGUUGCAUAUAGAAAUGGUCGACUUCUUCCUGAACCUGAAAGUAGGACUUCGAGGAAUUGCGAAGAAGCGCGUAGUGAUGGACGGAAUACGGAUAGCAGAUUCAUUAGACGAGAUCCUGCCACUGCGACUGAAAGUAGUGGUGUUGGAACUCCAAAUAGACGAACGUCUUCACCUCAGAACGCGAAACCCUGUUCCUCAUCUUCAACUAGUUUGUCGACGCCAUUGAAUAGUGGUACAACUUCUCGAGCUUCUAGAACUCUUCGGAAUUGUGAAAAAACGGUUGUAUCUCCAUCAUCUGCAGGUGAACAUCCUAAGGCAAGUAGAACUACAAGAAGGGAACUCCAUCAACAACAACAUGAUCAGGGAAAGGAAGGGCAUGGAUCUUCAUCAACAUGCGAAAUUUACCACACAGUGCAAAAAGAACUGAGACGGACUCUCUUAGGUUGCGUCGAUGAUUGAUAGAAGCUUCUGCCAGUGUGAUAGUGAGAUUAACAAUCUAUGAACUGCUUAGUCAGGUAAAAAACGUAAUAAAGCGAGAGCACAGCGGGU